AUGGGAGAAAACAUUGUUGGGGAUACUCCUCAAAAUAAUAGAAAGAGGAAGAAGUCUUCCGGACAGAAAAACAAUCCAAGCAAGAAGCGAUUCGAUAGAAAUUGCUACGACUCUGGGAAAGCUGGACACGAGUAUACAGAUUGUUGUGAUCCAAAGAAAAACAAGAAGAAGGGUCAAGAAAACAUGGUCGAAAAACACGGAGAUGUUGAUGACUUGGUUCUUGAAAAGAAGAAAGCAAAAGAAAAGGAAGAAGAUGAUCGAAUAGAACUGGACAAAGAAACACAAUUGGACAGUGUGAUAGAAGCAAGCAAACAAGCUGUCAAUGAUAACAGGGAGAAUCACAACUCUCCAAGCUUGGAGAGUGAUCAAAAUCAGCAAAAAGAGAAUAGGGAGGAAACUAAACCUGAUAAUACCAGUAAGAAGAACAAGAGGAAGAAGACAAAAAAGAUGUUGAAAAAGAAAAGCAAAUUGCUCUUGAAACCUGUUCAGAGCAAUCAAGGCAAUGACAUUGAUCUCAACAACAAUGAUAAAAUAACUAAGGAGGAUGAUCUUAACACAAAAGAGGAGCAGCUAGCUCAGAACAACCCCAGGCAGAAUAGCAAUCAGGAAGUUAGGAUAGAGGAGAAAGAUAAUCUUGAACAAUACUGUUGUGACACUAACUCAUCUACUGUUCCUACUGAAAUAAGGAACCAACCUGGAUUGCAGUUGGUUGUGGAUCUAUACGGGAACAAGAAAGAUAGAGACAACUCUAAGCUGGUAGAAGAUAACACAGACAAUCUUCAAAUGAUUGAACACCCUUACCGUCAAAAAGAGGUGAGAAAUGAGGACCUUGACUUUCAAAACCACAAUGAAGAACAGCAACAUAUGACAAGAAGAAGAAGAAGUGAAACCAGGAAAAAUGGCAAAAGGCACAGAAACAAUACUCACCCUUCAAUGAGAAGGAGCAAAAAGAAGGAUACUACCCCUAAUUGUUCUGACGAUUAA